AUCCGUGCCAAAGUACGAUACUCGUAAACACUUUGACAGUUUGAAUAGAGUUGAUUUUGUGUCUGUGUCUGUUUCUGUUUCUGUUUCUGCUUCUGUUUCUGCUGCUGUUUCCUCUCCCUUCCUCAGGGACUAAUUAUAAAGCUACCCUGAGCUAAAUACUAGAUAACCCUCGAGAUAGCCAACCUAGAACAACUUCGAAACAUCGAAAGAAAGUCAAAACGUUAAGGGUCGCCGCCAUCAGAUUAGAUCCAAAAUCGUCUGACCAUUUAUUUCCCUCAAUACCAUUACUCCUUGACUACGAAACAUCUUAUAGUAUUUCUCUUCUUGUCGUCAUUCAAGCAUACCGACAACUUCAAAAUCAUCCCAUCCUUUGUGGCGGAGACAAAUCGUUGCUUACUCUGCAUACCUAUACUGGGAGUACACAACGCUUGAUACCACAUACUUAGUCAACAAAAACAACCUCCUGGCCUGGACUUGCGAGUCCUUUGUCUCUCAAUUGAACACUUUAUUCUUAGGCGACCAUUACUUUUAUUCACAUUGCUACUCGGGAUUGAGAAGAGCAAGACAUCAUCAAUGCGAGAUUGUUAAGAGUUAAGAUAUCCCGUUUUGAUCAUCAUAACUCCUUGAGUGCGAAGGAAUCAGGUCAUCGCCUCAGUCACCAAACUUGCGACGUAUUCUACACGACAUGAAACUACACUCUCUCAUCGGCCUGCUUGGUCUCGGGGUUCUUGCAAAUGCUGUAAAUCUGCGCCCACGAAAUUACGAUGCCCACGAUUAUUAUGUCCUACAUCUCGACUCGACCGCCGACCCGGUACAGGUAGCAGAAAGGUUGGGCUUAAGUCAUGAUGGCCAGCUUGGGGAAUUGGAAGACCAUCAUGUCUUCUCCGCACAUAAACAAGAUGAAGAUGUUGUACAUACAGCCCUGAAGCAGCGGAAGAUACGGAAGCGGUCGCUGGGCGACUUUGAUAUUCUGGAUACCGUGAAGUAUGCACAAAAACAAAAGUUGAAGGCUAGAAUGGAGAAGAGAGGUUUAAUGCGGCCAGCGCCUGAAGGUUAUGAAAUAGACAAACGACAAGAUACCGCAAUACCUGUCGAUUCUGCGAUCGCGAAACAAAAAGCGGUUCAACAAGCCUUAGGGAUACAAGAUCCAAUAUUUAAAGAUCAAUGGCAUCUGUACAAUCCCAUACAACUGGGGCAUGACGUUAAUGUUACCGAUGUAUGGAUGCAGAAUAUCACUGGAACUGGCUCGAUUGUCGCUAUAGUAGAUGAUGGGUUAGACAUGUACAGCAAUGAUUUAAAGGCCAAUUACUACGCUGAAGGUUCCUACGAUUUCAACGAGAACACCCUAGAGCCAAAACCACGAUUGUCCGAUGAUAAUCACGGCACACGAUGUGCUGGUGAGGUUUCGGCUGUCAAGAACGACGUCUGUGGUGUUGGAGUCGCUUAUGAUUCGAAGAUUGCUGGAAUUCGUAUUUUGUCCAAAAUGAUUACAGAUGCUGAUGAAGCCGUCGCCAUGAAUUACGCAUACCAGCAUAAUCAGAUUUACUCUUGCUCAUGGGGCCCUCCUGAUGAUGGAAGGUCGAUGGACGCUCCAGGCAUACUUAUCAAGAGGGCUAUGGUAAAUGCAGUUCAAAAAGGACGUGGUGGAUUGGGUUCCAUCUAUGUGUUCGCAUCGGGGAAUGGCGCUGCCAACGAAGACAACUGCAACUUUGAUGGGUAUACGAAUAGUAUCUACAGUAUCACGGUUGGAGCAAUUGAUAGAAAGGGCCUGCAUCCAUAUUAUUCCGAGAAGUGCUCCGCUCAACUUGUCGUCACAUAUAGUAGUGGAAGUGGAGAUUCCAUUGUAAGUUUCACUCCUAAUCUAGGUACUGCAGAAACUAAGUAGGCUAUAGCACACGACUGAUGUUGGUACCAACGCUUGUUCUUCCGCACAUGGCGGUACUUCUGCUGCCGCACCUCUCGCGGCAGGAAUCUUUUCUUUAGUCUUACAAAUACGACCAGAUUUAAGCUGGAGAGAUAUGCAAUACCUUGUUAUGUCAACUGCUUUGCCAGUUGAUCUUGAAACGGGCGAAUGGCAAACAACAACCAUUGGAAAGAAGUUUAGUCAUACUUUUGGAUACGGAAAGAUUGAUACCUGGGCAACUAUUGAAGCCGCAAAGACUUUUAAGAAUGUCAAACCUCAAGCUUGGCUCUAUUCUCCUUGGAUCCACGUCAACCAGGCUAUUCCGCAAGGAAAUGACGGUAUCUCGGUGUCUUUCGAGGUUACCAAAGAAAUGCUGCAAGGAGCGAAUCUAGAGAGAUUGGAGCAUGUCCAAGUCACAAUGAACGUUGCACACACUAAGCGAGGAGAAUUAAGUGUAGACUUGGUUAGUCCAGACAAGCUAGUUAGCCAUCUUUCCACAACGCGACGUUAUGAUUCCGACACCGACGGAUAUGAUGAUUGGACAUUCAUGUCUGUUGUUCACUGGUUAGUGUUUUCUUUCAACAACUUGCACCGUUUUACUAAUGGGUACAUAGGGGUGAAUCUGGUAUUGGUACUUGGACCAUUACUGUUAGAGAUACUUUCGCGAACGAACAUAAUGGAACUUUUACAGAUUGGCAUCUAAAAUUGUGGGGAGAAGCUAUUGAUGCCGAAAAAGCAAUAGUACUCCCAAUGCCUACCGAACACGACGAUGAUAAUCACGCCGAUAUCUCCACAACCACCAUUGCAGGGGUCACACCAACAGCAACAUCUGCACCAACUAAUCCCGCAGCUCCAACUGACGCCCUUCCUAGUACACCGUCUGACCACCCGGAUCGUCCUGUAAAUGCCAAACCUUCCGGCACAGAAGACUCAUUAGCUUCGCCUACCUCCACCACACCCGCAGAAUCAGAAACUACAACUCCAUCAACAUGGAUUCCUUCUUUCCUCCCCACCUUUGGCGUCUCUUCCAAAACCCAAAUUUGGAUCUAUGGCGCCUUAGGCCUCAUCGUUACUUUCUGCGCUGGUCUAGGAGUAUACCUCUACAUGGCUCGCCGAAAGCGUCUCCGCAAUAACCCAAGAGACGAAUGGGAAUUCGAUCUUCUCGAAGAUGAUGAAGCGGAAGCUCUAGCCGGUAACACUGAAAUGACCAUGAAGAAGGGAGGAAAGAGAAGAGCAGGUGAAUUAUACGAUGCAUUUGCAGCAGGCAGUGACGAUGAGGAUGAUGAGUAUAAAGAUGGUGGUGAUGAACGAGAAAAGAAAUUGUACCAGGAUGAUAGGGAGAGUAGCGGAAGUGGUCAUCACGUCAUUGGUGACGAUGACGAUAGUGAUGGUGAGAGCGCCGUAAACGUGGAGGAUGAGAAGAAGCCAUUCAGGAAGUAAUGAUGCAUAUAAGUCGUGCGUAGCAUUACUGCAGAGAUAAAGUAUUGAAGAAAUGGAUGGAUGGAUGGAUAGGAUGGGUGGGUAAGAAAUUUUGAAAAUGAGAAAAAAAUAACAUGAACACUUGGUAUGGUAAUCAAUAGAGGAAAAUCAUCAAUUGUUCGUUUGUUUGUUUGCUUGUUUGUUUUGUUCAUUAUGGUGCGUGGAUGCAUGCAUGCAUCAUUAAUCACCAUUGUCAUUGCCGUUGCCAUUGCACAUUGAAUAGGAUGGAUGGAUAGAUAUAGCGAUUUUUCACACUCUAUACUCUGUAUGUACUUUAAACUUCAUGCUCGAUGCGGGAUACAGGAUCGGGAUGCUGGGAAUUAGCAAUUGGGAAAUGAACAUUGGAUAUUAGGGAUUUAUUGUCUCUUUUUUCAUGUAGGUAAGCUUACUUAGGUUUCUACUUGGUAGGUG